AUGCAUGGUAUCGUUGCAUUUACUUCUGAUAUGAAUGAACUAGCUGGUUGGCUUCGAACAUCUUUCCCUGGAAUUUAUAUUGUGUCAAUUGAAAUAGGUAAUGAUUUUGACGAUUCAUUUUUGUGGUCAUUAGAUAAACAAGUUGAACAUUUUUGUACUAGAAUUCGUAAUGAUAUUCAUCUUCAACAAGCUCGAUUUCAUCAAUUAGUAACAAAAUAUGCAUAUGAAAAAUUCAUUCAAGAUCGAAUUAGUAUUGCAAAUUAUUGGCAUAAUCCAACUCAAUUAAAUAAAUACAUAUCUCAGUGUCAUUUUCUUCCUGAUAUAAAUAAUGAACGUGAAACACAUAAUAAAAUAUAUUGCACUAAUAUGUUAAAAUUAAAUGCAUUUGUUAUCACAUAUUUAGAUCUUGAUGAAAUUAUUGUACCAAAACAAUCAGGUUGA